AUUAUAUUUCGAUUUUCAUGCUAAAAAUUUAUUUUUCCUAAGCUAAUCUAAACUAUUCAUUUAGUUGACUACCAAAAUUCCUUUUCAAAAAUCUAGAGUAACCAAACAGCCAUUAGAGUUUCAUUUUUAAGGUGCAAUAAUAACACACUUUUACUUAACUGUCUCAUUUUUUUCUUACAAGAAAAAUGAUAUUGCUUUUUUAUAUUUUUGGUCCACUUUCUAUUGAUUUUGAAGAGGAAUCGGAUUCUGAAGAGGAAUCUUAUAAAGAUUGUAUUGAUUCUUAUCAAAGAAACACAGGAUUAACUGAGGCUUCUGAAAAGGAAUCUUAUAAAGAUCGUAUUGAUUCUUAUCAAAGAAACACAGGAUUAACUGAGGCUGUUCAAACAGGUACAGGUCAACUAAACGAUAUUCUUAUAGCAAUUGGGGUCAUGGAUUUUGAAUUUAUCGGGAGUAGUAUGGGAUCCGUGGUAGGGGAGAAAAUCACCCGUUUGAUCGAAUAUGCUACCAAUAAAUCUUUACCACUUAUUAUAGUGUGUGCUUCUGGCGGAGCCCGCAUGCAAGAAGGAAGUUUGAGCUUGAUGCAAAUGGCUAAAAUAUCUUCCGCUUUAUAUGAUUAUCAAUCAAAUAAAAAGUUAUUCUAUAUAUCAAUUCUUACAUCUCCUACUACUGGUGGAGUAACUGCUAGUUUUGGUAUGUUGGGGGAUAUCAUUAUUGCCGAGCCCAAUGCCUAUAUUGCAUUUGCGGGUAAAAGAGUAAUUGAAGAAACAUUGAAGAAACCAGUACCCGAAGGUUCACAGGAGACUGAAUAUUUAUCCCCUAAGGGUUUAUUUGAUCUAAUCGUACCACGUACACUUUUAAAAGUCGUUCUGGGUGAGUUAUUUCAACUGCAUGGGUUUUUGUCUUAUCAAGAAGAUGAAAAGUGAAUUUUGCUUUUUCCUUCUGGGGAAUCAAAUUAGAAUUAGGUGAGACAAAGAAAACGAAUUUCAUCUUCCUCUCUUGCAUAUGUAUAGAUAAAAAAAUAGGGAAAAAUAUAGAUAGAGGGGUUAUAGGAUUUUGUAUCUUUUUAGUUAUUGCGAGAAUUCUAUUUUCUUUUGUUUUUUUACUAAAAAUCCAUGUUGGAUUCUAACAAAUCGAAUCCUUCGAGAAUUUUUAAUAAAUUCUUUUUUUUUUAAUUUUUUUUAAUUCCACUUCGACCACAAAAAAACAAUAGAAAUCAAAGAAGAAUAAAAAGUAAGAAGAAUAAAGAAAGUGGCUUAUC